CUGCCAAGAACUGGUACAUCUGAAGCCGCUAAGAAAAGAAUGCUCUCACAUGCGUGGGCUAUGAAUCCGCCACGACUUCCUCAUCUUGGCUCUACGAACACCAUUACUCCUGGUCAUCAGUCGGCUCCUAUGAAGGCAUUGAUGCGAACUGCAGUGCUAUCGCGACUCAUGUUUCGAUCUAUUGUACUUAGUCAAAGAUAACGCUUCAUUUUGCGCUCUUCAGGGCUAGAUUUGCCACCGUCAGACAUCCGGGGGAAUCAUCAUGUGAGGGUGUGUGUAUCUUGAACCUCCGCUCGAUCUUCGUGUAAUUUUUAGGACACCAAUGGAAGGACAAAAGUCGCGUUACGCUUCCAUUCCUCUCUUGUUCUCUGAUGCAAUCUGCAUGCGCCUUACAGGAAAACCUCCCAAUGAUCCACUUCCUUUAGUCGAGCAUAUUGUUCCCGACUGGAGAGAGAGAUUUCUCAAGAGCCUCGCAUGGCCAUGCGCAUUUCUACGGGUUAUAUCUUGGUCUAUCUGUAUCAUUGAAGCGAUCGUCAUAUUGGCCUACCACUUUCCGUCACUUUCAGCAUCUCAUUUCGUCCUGUCAACCUUGGAUUUUAACGGCCAUACACAUGGAAUUGUCAUUACCCCUCUCUUCCUCUUGGGGAACGUCCUCACGAUUGCGGGAACCCUUAUUCGCCUGUGCUGUUAUCGCGUGCUCGGGCGCCUUUUCACUUUCGAGCUCAGUAUACACCAGGAUCAUUGUCUCAUCGUGCGGGGACCCUAUGCCAUCGUUAGACACCCUAGCUAUACGGGGAUGAUCUUGACCAUUCUUGGCGCAAUAUGCAGCCAAUCAACCGGAUCGUGGGUAAUGGAAUGCGGAUUAAUCGACAUGUGGUUUGGGAAGGGUUUGGUCAUGUAUUGGUUACUCGUUGCUGCAGCAGUUGUGGCAAGUCUUUUGUUCAGGAUCUCCGUUGAGGAUCGAUUACUCCACAGAAAAUUCGGUCGCGAAUGGACAGAGUGGAACCAAAAAGUGCCAUAUGUUCUGAUACCCGGGGUGUAUUAGGGAUUCGAAAAUCUAGAAAUGGACUUGCACUGUCGAUUUCGGCGCUGUUGUGUCUGGGAAGGGGGAAUUGCGCUUUGGACGAAGAAUGUAGAGUAUUUUGCUGAAGAAGGGAUCUAUUGAAUCGUCUACAUGAAUUCUUAUAUAAAUAGCCAAAAAAUCCUAGUAGCUGUAAGG